CGCCUGGCCCUUUGCUUCCCCGGCGACUGCCUGCACAGGCAGCAAGGAGUUGUUUCCCAGUGCACUCCUGGCUGCCAGUUCUGGCUGCAGCUGCCACCUCUAGCUGCUAAAGUGGCUGUCACCUGCUGCAAUCUACACAGCCUUGGGACGAGAAAAGGGACCUCAGACCUUCCAGAUCGCUUCCACUUGCAAGAAACUAUUUGUCACAGAUGGCUCUUUGCUUUCCUUAGGAAUAAAGAUGGCUGCUGAACCAGUAGAAUACAAUUGCAUCAACUUUGUGGAAAUGAAAUUUACUGGCGAUGCACUUUACUUUAGAGCUGAAGAUGAUGAAAACCUGGAAACAGAUCACUUUGCCAAGCUUAAAUCCAAAUUAUCAAUUAUAAGAAAUUUGGAUGACCAAGUUCUCUUCCUUGGUGAAGGAAAUUACCCUCUGUUUGAGGAUAUGACUGAUUCUGACUGUGAAGAAAAUGCAUCCCGGACCAUAUUUAUCAUAUAUAUGUAUAAAGAUAGUGAGCCUAGAGGUCUGGCUGUAACCAUUUCCGUGAAGUGUGGAAAAAUUUCAACUCUUUCCUGUGAGAACAAAAUUAUUUCCUUUAAGGAAAUCAGUCCUCCUGAUAACAUCAUUGAUGCAAAAAGUGACAUCAUAUUUUUUCAAAGAAGUGUUCCAGGGCAUGAUGAUAAGAUGCAGUUUGAAUCUUCAUCAUACGAAGGAUACUUUCUAGCUUGUGAAAAAGAGAAAGAUCUUUUUAAACUCAUUUUGAAAAAAAAGGAUGAAUUGGGGGAUAAAUCUAUAUUGUUCACGGUUCAAAACAAAGACUAGCUAUUAAAAUUUCAUAAU